AUGCCCACAGCGCCCAGCAACAAAUCCCACUCCGAAUCCCUCUUAUCAAGGGCAAAUGCACACACAUCUACAAUCAAUGUGGCCUACAGAGACGGUGACUGCGGUGCCAUCCGCGUAACACAAAGCCCCGAAGAGAAGGACGUUAAGAAGGAGAUGCACAGCCUGCGUUCACAACCAAGCUACAAAGUUGACGGUGGCUACAAAGCUUGGGCAACACUCACUGGAGGAGUGUUGGUCGUUGUCGUCACAUUUGGCUACUCAAACUCGUUCGGCGUAUACCAAGACGUCUACACUCGCUCGCACGCGGCCUCAGCUUCCAAUGUAAGCUGGGUCGGGUCCACACAACUCUUCUUCCUUCUGGCCAUGGGACUUCCGGCGGGAAAGCUCCUAGACAUGGGAUACAUGCGGUACACCAAUCUGAUAGGCAGCCUAAUAUAUGUAUUCUCGCUCUUCAUGGUGUCGAUCGCUCAUCCGGGAAUAUACUAUCAAGUGUAUCUUUCGCAGGGGAUUGGUCUUGGUAUCGGCGCCGGCCUGCUCUACGUCCCUGCAGUCGCUGUGCAAGCUCAUCAUUGGCGGAAACACAGGGCUCUUGCUAUGAGCGCUGUAGCUGCUGGUUCCUCGGUGGGCGGUAUAUUUUUCCCAAUCAUGCUGAAUCAGCUAUUCAAAAGCUCUGUCGGGUUUGAAUGGGGCGUUCGCGCUUCGGCCUUCAUUGUUCUUGGGUUGUUGGCAGUGGGGAACCUACUCAUGGCGGAUAAUCCUGCUGCGAAAGUGCAAGCUGAGAAGCCAAGCGUGAAGUCCAUCUUCACAGAUAUACCCUACGUGAUCAUUACCAUCGGCGCGUUCUUCAUCUUGUGGGGAAUCUUCCUACCGUAUUUUUACCUUCAACUUUACGCCAUUCUACAAGGCGUGGACCCGAACACGGCAUUUUACACCCUCGCCAUUAUGAAUGCAGGCUCAAUUCCAGGACGAAUUAUUCCAGGAUUCCUAGCAGAUCGCUAUGGACCGUUCAACAACAUCAUUCCCGUCCUUCUCGCCAACGGCGUUCUGAUCUUCGCCCUCUUUGGAAUCAACACGCUUGCGUCUACCAUCGUUUUUGCAAUAAUUUACGGCUUCACCUCCGGUGCUUUCCUAUCCCUUGCUGGGCCCGCGACUGCGUCGCUUGCCCAGAAUCCGGGCGAAAUUGGUGUUCGGUUCGGAAUCCUAUACUUCAUAUCCAGCUUCGGCGCGCUUACCGGCGCGCCCAUUGCUGGUGCGUUGCUGGGCGAUACCUUUGUAUGGUCCAAGCUGUUUAUCUUCGGCGGGGUGGCUACGAUGGUAGGGUUUACGUGCUUUGUUGUAGCACGACAAAUGCUGGUAAAACGGAAGGGGUCUCAAAUAGUCUAG